UCACGCCUGCGAUAGCAAACAUGGCCGCGCUCUUGAGAUCAGCCCGGUUACUUAAGUUUUCCCCUUUAGGCUUGCUGCAAAUCGCAGGGACCAAAAGAACCGGGCCGCCACUCGAUCGUCUGUACAGCGGAACUCUCGGUGUGAGGAGGACGGGAGUUUUGAGCCGGCAGAACCGCCCCAGCGUGGAAAACACCCCCAGUCAUGCCUGGCCAUACGCGACAGUUUGUGUGCGCCACUUCACCGUCGCCACAGAGAAGAAGGACGAAAUCAGCAUUGCCGUGCGGUCCAAGCAGGCACAAAACUUUGACUGGGCCUUGUCUAAGCUGGACAGCUCUGUGAGGAGGACGGGUCGCAUCACCAAGACCCUGUUGCUGCGCAUCUUCCAUGAUGUCUGCAGGACAGGGUAUCCCAGUGGUAACCAGGGCUUGCUGCUGCUGCGUAGCUGUGGCACCCUGCUGCCAGAGAUAGGCCUGCAGGAGCGCACCGAGCUGGCUCACCGCAUCUGGGAGAGGCUGCAGGAACUUGGUGUACAGUAUGAUGUAAGUCACUACAACGCCUUGCUGAAGGUGUACCUGCAGAAUGAGUUCAAGUUCUCGCCCAUGGACUUCCUAGCCAAGAUGGAGGCCGCCAAGGUCCAGCCAAACAGAGUGACCUAUCAGAGGCUCAUUGCUGCCUACUGCCAAAAUGGAGACAUAGAAGGCGCCAGCGCCAUUCUGGGGUUCAUGAAGAGCAAAGACCUCCCCAUCACUGAAGCUGUUUUCAACGCCCUGGUAACAGGCCACGCUCGCUCUGGCGACAUAGAGAGCGCAAAGAACAUCUUGUCUGUCAUGCGGGGAGCUGGAAUUGACCCCGGUCCUGACACUUAUGUAUCCCUGCUGAAUGGCUACGCUGAGAGGGGAGACUUGGAUAGUCUGAAGAAGACUCUUGAGGAUGCUGAGAGUGCAGACUUCAGUCUGGUGGACCGAGACAUCAUGCAGGUGAUCUUCACACUGGCCAAGGCUGGACACCAGCAGCAUGUCCCUGAAAUGAUGGAGCACUUGAGGCAGGACAGGGGCUACAUCCCAGACGCGAUGAACUUGUGUCUGAGCCUCGUGACUCAGGGUCUUGACGAAACGGCUUUCACCAUCCUGAAAACCUUUUCCACGGUGCAGUCGGACGACUACUACGGUGACUCGGACAACCUGGGAAGCUUCUUCCUGAGACACUGUGUCAACAUGGACAUGCCACUGGAAAAGAUCGGUCGCUACUGCACAGAGCUGCAGGACUCCAAUAUGCACGCGUCGCCGCUCAGCUUUGUCCUGUUGUGCGCGCUGGAGGCCAAGAAGACGGAUAUGUCUUUUGAGGUGAUGAAGAUGAUGCAGGAGCAGAAUUUACCCAUCAGACCUCACUACUUCUGGCCCCUGCUGAGUCAGCAUGUGAAGGACAACAACACGGCUGGUGCGGUGGAGGUGAUGAAGGCCAUGCAGCAUCUUGGGGUGGCCCCUGACCUCGAGACUGUUUCCAACUACUUUUACCCUGUCUUUCCUAACACUGAGGCUGCUCGACAGGCCUUUGAGGAAGCAGGCAUCGUUCUGGAGUUGGAGGGCCUCUUGACUUCAAAGAUUCGCUUUUUGGCUUCUAGCAACUUGGCCCGACUCUACACUUUGUUGUCUGACCCCUCCCACCCUCCAGUGGACUUUGGGAGUUUCCGCAGCAGCCUCAUCCACGGCUUCAGAAAGUCUGAUGACAUAGAGUGCAUGGUCAAGCUCACCAAGCUCUUUUACAAUGACGAACGCUUCACCAAACCCAGCACCACCACUGCUGAAAUGGUCUCUUACUUCCUUUACAAUCUAAUCGACGGCUUUCAAGCGACCGAGGUGCAAGAGCAGGAAGACAAGCUGAGGAAUUACUUCAAUCAGCUGAAGGCUGAGAACAUCAUCAUUCCAGUAAAUAUCUACAGAGGCAUCAGAAACAUUCUGGAGUCUUACCACGUUCCGGAGCUCCUCAAGGAUGUGCUUCUGUUGGUGGACCCAGCAGAGUUGGUGUCCAGCAGUCCUUUGUCAGCGGCUCCCCAUGUGACUGGACUCGAGGCUAAAGCGUCUGUGCUUGAGAAUAAGCUAGCCGAGCUAAAAGAGGAAAACAAACCUUUGAGCUCCACGCUUAAGCUUGCGAUCCAGGCUCUCGCGUCCGAGGAGAGCCUGCAGCGUGCGCUGGAGCUGAGGCAGCAAUACGAGGACCAGAUGAAUACAGGGGCCUACGCUAUCCUCAUCGGUCUGUGCUGCCGCCACGACAAGCUGGACGAGGCACUCGGCUUGAAGAGGGAAAUGAGUCGCAAGGACUCAUCAGCGAUGCUGGAUGCGGCUAAAUACCUGGCGCUCAUCAAGCUUCUCGCCAAGAAUGACCGAGUGGAGGAGGCCGUGGACCUCCUGAAGGAGAUGAAGGAGAAGGACGUGGUGCUGAACGGCAGCCAUGCCAGUAUGCUCUUCCACACCCUCAACUCUGUGGUGUCCAAAGGUGGCGGUGCCCCCGCUAUCCAACGCCUCCAGGACACCGUCUUCACCCUUGGACUGGCCAAGCCCACCGCCAAUCUUUGCGGACCCCUGAUAAGCGCCUAUUUGAAAAGUGAUGACCUCCCCGGAGCUUUGGAAGCAGCGCUGGAGUGUCAGAAACGCUACGGCCAGCUCCCUCGCAUCCAUGACAUCAUCGUUUGCUUGGUGGAGAAGGGAGACACGGAGCUUCUGCAGAAAGCCAUGGAUGUUGUGAGCCAAGAGCGAGGGGAGAUGACCAUGCUGUACUACCUGCUAUUUGCCUUCUUGCAGACGGGCCGAUACCGUGAGGCUCGCAAGAUUGUUGAGACUCCUGGACUGAGGGCAAGGCCCGGCCGCCUGCAGUGGUAUGCGGAGAGGUGCAUUUUGACCCAGCAGAUGGAGCCCUUGGAGCAGAUGGUUGACAUGACGUCCAAGUUGUUCGAGUGUGACCGUGAUGAGAUGUACAGUUACAUCUUCCGUCUCUGCAAGGAGACCAACAACUGGCAGAAGGCGGAGGCCACGUGGACCAAGAUGCAGGAGGAGAACGUCAUUCCCCGGGAAAGGACGCUGCGCAUGCUGGCCGAAAUCCUGAAAAAUAACGGCCAGGAGGUGCCCUUCGAAGUGCCUGAGACUUUUUUACAGGACGAACAAGAGGCCGACACACAGCAGGUCAAACCAGCAGCACUCUCCCUCAGGGAUACUGAAAAUGGCGGCCAGUACCAAGUACGACUGAUCAGCCUUUGCAAGAAGGGAAAAGCCCAUGACGCCUUUGCAAUGCUGAAGGAAACAGACAAAAGGGGUGUGGCUCUGACCCCUGCCAACUACGACUACCUGAUCCGCGCCCUGCUGGCCGGAGGAUCUGUCGAGGACGCCAUGGCGGUCAGGGAUAUUGCCACGUCUCGUGUGCCAGGCUUCCGGUUGAGUGACAUCGCCAACAGUUUGGUCGUCGUCACACUCAGCAAGAGGGGCCAGGCUAAAGAUGCUUUGGAGACCCUGAAAUCCAUGCUGCAGCAGGACCAAGUGCCCUUGCAGCUCGCCAUCACCAGACUGGUGCAGACCCUCGGUAGCCUGGGCAACUUGGAGGGAAUUAAGGAAGUGAUGUCACUGAUAGAGCGUCUCGGCACGAGCCUCAACCUGUCCAGCAUGAUGUUCAUCAACAACAUGGCCCUGGCUCACAUCAAGAAUGGGGAUUUGGAGUCAGCUGUUGAGAUGCUUGAGGAAGUUUACACCAGACCAGAAAACGGAAACUCCAGUAUGUCCUUUGUGUUCCGGAAGAUUCUGAUGGAAGAAAACGAGAAAGCCAUCGACAAGUUGAGUGCAAUGGCCGAGCGGCUAGCCACCCACUUUGCCUGUUACAGACCCGCUACUGAUCUGUUUGUACAACUCCUGGAGAUGGACAAAGUCGAGGAUGCCAAGUACAUGCUGGCCAGAGUCGGCGCCUUGGCCGAGCAGAAGGAAUCUCUGAUCUCCUACUUGGCACGGAUGUCGCAGCGGCCGGGCCAGGUGGGCAAAGUCAAGACCUUGCUGAGCCUGAUCCCGGACUUCGCUGAGAAGGAAGUGUUGUUCACUUACUUGAUGAAAUGUCACGUCGCAGACAAUGACUUGGCGUCGGCCAGGGCGCUGUACGAACGCAUGCAGGAGGAGGGCGUCGUCGCAGACGAGCUGUCACUCAAGCGCCUCGCCGUCUUGUACCGACACGCGGGAGAGACGGCGCCCUUUCCCGAGCCCCCCGAGUCGUUUAAGUUCUACGCAGACAAGCUGAGGGAGCGAACAUCCAAAGCUCAGCUUGCAGAUGAAUAAUCCUGCAACUUCCCUCCCGUCCGUCAUCCUCCUUUCAUGUUUUGUUUUUUAUAUAAAUAUAAAUAAUGUAAGUCAUUUGAUGUGUUAGGCUCCAUUGUCCUCUGUUAUCAGCAAUACUAUCGAGAAUGAUUGUGUACAGAAGUGUUUAUGCUAAUAAAUGACUUGAGGAAUAUACAGUA